AUAACUGCCAGGCAGUGCAGCGCUUUAAAAGACGCGGGCGAGUCAGAGAUAGAGAAUGAUUUUAAUGGGACGCAGCUUUUAGACAGCUUUCCUAAGACGAUGACGUGGAGUGAGCGGACCUUAAGGAGAACAGGCACCGCACCUCCAUCACCUGCAGCAGCACCGAUCAGCGCAGCCAAGAGGAGCCUCUCCAAACUCAGCCGCAAACACAGCAAUGGCUCUGUCCAAUCCAGCUCGUCAACUGGCACUGCCAGGUCUGUGGAGGGCGUGGGCUUCAGGCAACCAGCCAAGAGCAGAAUCCGCCGGCAUCAGCACCGCCUUUCCUCUGUGUUCAGCCGUGCCGUUCUCUCACCCCGAGGGGACAUUACUACAUCUGGGGAAGAACUAUCAGUAACAGAAGAUCCCUCAGAACUGUCCAGUCACAUCACAGCACCGGGAAUCUUGAAGAUUUUUGGCACUGAGAUCUGUGAAGGUGCCAACUAUAAGAGUGUCCUGGCUACAACCCACUCCAGUGCCAAAGAGCUGGUGAAAGAAGCACUCGAGAGAUAUUCCCUGAACAAGGCAGAUGCUCAUGCCUACGUCCUGUGCGACGUUAUCGGCUGCCUCAGAGAACGAGAAUGGAGGAGCGAGUGUGUUCGCGUGGUGGGAGACUACGAGCAGCCGUUGCUCCUGCAGUCACUCUGGAAGCCCAGAGAAGGUUAUGCAAGACGAUUUGAAAUCCAAAGCAGAGCCAGUGUGGAGGAGAAAAUCUCCAGAGACAAGGACACGGUGACUGCAGGGAUCAACGCUCAGGCUCGUAAACUGCAGAAGACUCGCUCACGAGGGAGGUCUGUGGUGUUCGGCGGAGGCGGGAGUCCCGCAGAUCUCGGGCUGAGUAUGUGCAGGAGUCUCAGUGAAACAGAUCUCAGGCCUUCCCCUGAGCGCCAGCAGAGCCUUAAGAGCCAAUCGGGUGGGGAGGACCCGGAGGGCUACAAAGAGCUUCCCUGUAAGGCUGGCAGAAAAGAAGAGACGGAGUGCGGCGAUGACAACUGCACACAGUAUUCCAUUCACCCUCCCGUGCACUUCCCUUACUUCCUGCUACUGCAGGGCUUUAGUUACAGACAGGACUUCAUCAUCUAUUCUCUAAAAAGCAGCUGUACGGUUUUCGGCUGUAAUUCUGAGCAAUCCGGUGGAGUGAAAGAGCAUCCAGAUGUUGAUGUGACUCUUUGGGCUCCUGACAUCCAACCACAGCACUGUUGCAUUCAGAGACUCCAGGUCACAAGUUCUGACUUUCAGCAAAAUGACAGAAAGACAUCACUAGUCACGGUCCUCAAACCCUUCCAUGGAGCUGUGGUCAAGAGGAAUGGAGCUGUUAUCAACCAAGAGGUGGAGAUUCAUUCAGGAGAUGUCAUAGGCUUGGGCAAGAAUUACCUCUUCAUGUUUAAGGAACCCAGCUCUGAAAUUUUAGGCAGCUCUCAUAGUGUUGAUCUUUCAUGUCAAGAUGACCCACCACAACCUCCACCUCCUCUUCCUCCUCCUAAAGCAUGUCCUCUCUAUCAGACAGGAACACUUUGUGCUGCAGAAAGCACCUUUCCCUGCCUAAGAGACAUCAACGGACAAAAGCUUGUCCUCUUUUAUGACGUAGAGCAUGAAACACGGGUCCUGGAGGAGAUAUUUAAAAAGAUAAGCCAUCAUGAAGACCUGCACAAGCUCACCCCAUCAUUCCUGGUGUGUUUAUGCCUCCAGCAAUCUGCUACACAUUUUCCCAUGACUGACCUGCGACGACUUCUUCUACAUAUAGCUAAUGAGGUCCAAAUAGCUGUAUUGGAAAGAGCGAAGGAGGUUGCAGCUAAACAAUCGGAAAUGGAAGGCGUUGAGCCGGUGAGGCUACAGAUGGAGAGCCUCCUCAGAAGCCUGCAGCCGCUUGUACUGUGGAUGGCCAACUCCAUCGAGCUCCUCCAUUUCAUCCAUCAAGAAGUGCCUUGCCUGUUGCAUGGGAUUUCACGAAUGGAGGAGGAAGAGGACGAAGAUUGUUUGGCUGUGCUGGAGUUACGUUUGUCUACUGUGCGGCCUGCCAGCGAGGAGGCCAUGACGGUCCUGGAGGAGGUCAUUAUGUUCACCUUCCAACAGUGUGUCUAUUACCUCACCAAGCUCCUCUACCCAGUCCUCCCAGGCCUGUUAGACAGCAAUCCUUUCUCAGUAAAAGGAGAGGAACGGAUCCCUAGUGAAGUUGCCAGCGUGUUGGACAUCUUUACGAAGACACUGAAUCUCAUCAAAGACUUCCACGUACACCCUGAAAUUUCCAUCCAUCUCUUCACUUACCUCUUCUUCUUUGUCAAUGCCAUCCUCUUCAACCUACUAAUGGAGAGAGGUUCAGGGGGAAGUUUUUACCAAUGGACAUGUGGGGUUCAGAUCCGGGCAAAUUUGGAUGCUCUCAUAGACUGGGCUUAUACGGCAGGGCUUGGAGAACUGGCUCAGAGCCAACUCUUCAAACUCUCUUCUGCUGUCAAUCUGCUCGCCACCACUCGAGAACAUCUGCUGCAGGCAUCAUGGGGUUCUUUGAGGACAGAGUUUUUCUCACUUAGCCCUGCUCAACUUCACCACAUGCUGACAGAGUACAACCCACGUCGGCCUUGCCCCACUGCAUGGACGCCCUGCGGUGCUGACGCCGAUGCAGCAUACCGAACUGAUGAUAUUCUGGAGAGCUUUGACGAUCACCCACCUCUUGUCCUGCCCAUCGAUGGCUUCCAGCUGAACUUAAAAAAGCCUGUUGGAGAUACAAGCCUCAUUAAAGAACUCGUGCAGCUUCAGGCAAUCAUCAAGACACUUAAUGUUAGAGCAUCGACUACACAGUGUGCUCAGCAUGAAUCUGCUGUACCCCUGGAAGCCAAACGCACCAGAAUGGAGAUUCUUCCAAAAGCCCAUCUGGAACAAGGACACAAACCAUUGACGCUGAGUAAGAACUGUGAUUCUUCCACUUGUUCUUCAGUAUCAGGUGACGAGGGCACAUGUGAAGUUCAGCUCUCACAAAGGAUAAAGGCUCUAGAUCUACAAGACAAAGAGGCAAACCACAACAGCAGAGCUCUGGAAGCCUUGUGCUUGCUCACUCCACCUAACACACCAUUGAGCUCAGAGCGGAUGCCGUCAAAUGAGACCAAAGACCAAGAUACGGAGUCUCGUCAUCACACUCGUCAGUCCUGUGAUACGGAUACAACCAAGCACACAUGUGGAGAAUGUGGAAGGCAUGAAGUCGAUGAUGAUGAUGAUGGUGAUGAUGAUGAAGUGUUUGUGGUGGAGCUGCUGAAAGGCCCUGGAGGACUAGGACUGUCUCUAGUGGAUGGAGUGGAAACACCAGUGAAGAUGAAUGGGAUUUAUAUUAAAUCUGUGAUCCCAGGGUCACCUGCAGCUCUGAGUCAGAGACUGAGGCCAGGCGAUCAACUUCUGGCCAUCAACGGCCACGGACUGGUCGGCUUGGACUACCACACAGGCAGAGAACUCAUUCAAAAGGCUGGAGACCAAGCUCAGUUGCUCGUUGCCCGGGCUGAAAGAACUCACGAAGACACGGUGCCAGGACGCUGAGCGUGCCAACACGUCUCUCUUCCUGAAAUACAAAUGCACUUUGAAGCUGUUCUGGGAGGACUUUAUUCUCCUGAGUUUAAACACCCACUUUAAACAUGUCUUAUAACACUAUUUUGGUGUUUUAUGAAACUGAUACCUA